UUUCCUUUUGUCCCUUUAUUUUUCCUGUGAGUGUGGCAUUCACUUGUUUCUAGCCAGGGAGGCGGAAAGCUCGGCUCCGGCCAGUGAAAGCGAGGGCGGAGUGGUUUGACUGAGUCAGAUGUCCUACGGCAUUCCAGUCUAUAUUUAGAGGCUGUCUGGUAUCGGUCGGCCAAGGGACGACGGAGAAACGACUAACGGGAGAAAAUCGAUGAUCCUGCCUAGAGUGGUAUUGUCCAGUUGGCCGUUGGUCGUUGUCUAUGUGGGUCUACGGAUCCCACAAGACUUGAGUCUUUUGACUUCGCUAUGUACACACAUAAAAUUAAAAAAAAGAAAAAAAAAAGAUACUCCCUCCCUCCCUCUCUCUCUACCCCCAUUUCCCCUUCAUCUCCGCCAUUUCUUCCUCCCUGCCAUUUCUUCAAUUGAAAACCAGAAGUUUUGUUUCUAACCCUAGGUUUGCAGAAGAAUUGGCCUUCAUUUCUCUGGACUCAGCUGCAAACCUUUCGAAUUUCCGCCAUUAUCAAGCUCUCUCUAUUGUUAAUCUGCAACAGAUCUUCGACUUGCUGAAACUGUCAAAACUUGAUGUCAUUUAGGGAUUUUCAAUGCCGCCUGACUUAGAGGAUCUUCACAAGCAAUGCCACGAUUAAAUUGUUACCAGAAAUUUUUUCCAAAUCGACCUCAUCUCGUUCCAGCAGUAUUCAGGUCUUUGUGUUUGUCAUCAAUUUUCGGGGUUUUGAAAUAGGAACUACAUUGCACGGAGUUCUCAGUGAUUGACAUGAGCAGAGGGAGGUGGGUUCGAUCUAUCUUCAUUUUUGUCAUUGUUGCUUUAUGUUCAACUCGACACAUUAGCUGCCAAGAUGAGGGAGAUUCGAACCAUUUGGACGAUCCUGCGGCGGUUCCAUUCCUCUCUGAAGUUAUUUACAGUCGGCUUUCGAAUUUUACCAGUGUCUUCAGUGCGGAGAUUAGCAAACAUUUGAGCUUCUGUAUAAAGGAUACGGAUGCAGACUGGAAUGGAGCAUUCAACUUUACGUCUAAUUUGACUUUUCUGGGUGCUUGCCUCAAGAAAACCAAAGGAACUCUUAAAAACCGAUUGUGUACCGCGGCGGAAAUAAAGUUUUACUUCAAUGCUUUCUAUACACGCGGGGCAAAAAGUACAAACUACUUAAAACCUAACCAGAACUGCAAUUUAUCUGCAUGGGUUUCUGGAUGUGAGCCAGGAUGGGCUUGUAGUGUUAACGAUCAGGAUAAGGUUGACCUAAAAAAUUCAAAGACUCUGCCUGUCAGAAUUAGCGACUGUCAGCCAUGUUGCGAGGGUUUCUUCUGCCCUCAUGGUAUUACAUGCAUGAUACCUUGUCCAUUAGGUGCUUACUGCCCGCUUGGAAAACUCAACAAAACUACUGGUACAUGUGAUCCAUAUCAUUACCAACUACCUCCUGGUAAGCCAGAUCAUCAAUGUGGAGGAGCAGAUACAUGGGCUGAUGUUGGUAGUAGUAGUGAGGUAUUCUGUUCAGCAGGAUCAUACUGUCCAACCACCACCCUGAAAAUUCCUUGCAGCAGUGGACAUUAUUGCAGGAUGGGUUCUACAAAAGAAAAGAGGUGCUUCAAGUUGACUAGUUGUGAUUCAAAUACUGCAAAUCAAAAUAUCCAUGCAUACGGUAUCAUGCUAAUUGCUGCAUUGAGUACUUUACUGCUCAUUAUCUAUAACUGCUCUGACCAAGUUAUCACUACAAAGGAAAGAAGAAAAGCCAAAUCUCGUGAGGCUGCAGCAAGGAGUGCAAGAGAAACUGCACAAGCUCGUGAAAGGUGGAAGUCUGCAAAAGAUGUUGCUAAGAAGCAUGCAGUAGGACUGCAAACACAGUUAUCCCGUACAUUUUCUCGUAUGAAGUCUGUAAGGCAACCUGAGCAGCUGAAGGUCCUGGGUCAAGCUAAACCUGGAACAGAUGAUGCUUUCUUAGCAGCAGCCCAAAGUUCUUCAAGUUCACUUCAGCAACCACCGGCAUCAAAGGGCAAGAAAAAAGAGCCAAGUAACCUGACAAAGAUGUUGCGUGCACUUGAGGAGGAUCCUGAUAGUCAUGAAGGUUUCAAUCUAGAAAUUGGAGACAAAAAUAUUAAAAAGAAUAUGCCAAGGGGCAAGCAAAUGCAUACUCAUAGCCAAAUUUUCAAGUAUGCAUAUGGUCAACUUGAGAAGGAGAAAGCUAUGCAGCAAGAAAACAAGAACUUGACCUUUUCAGGAUUAAUUUCUAUGGCUGCUGAUAUUGAGAUUAGGACCAGGCCUGUGAUUGAGGUUGCUUUCAAAGAUCUGACCAUUACUUUGAAAGGUAAGCACAAACAUCUCAUGAGGUGUGUUACAGGGAAAAUUAUGCCUGGUCGUGUUUCUGCUGUCAUGGGUCCAUCUGGGGCCGGAAAAACCACAUUUCUUUCUGCUUUGGCUGGAAAAAUAACUGGUUGCACAACGAAGGGUUUGAUUCUUAUAAAUGGAAAGAUUGAAUCCAUCCACUCAUAUAAGAAAAUUAUAGGCUUUGUGCCACAAGAUGACAUUGUGCAUGGGAAUUUGACAGUGCAAGAGAAUCUCUGGUUCAGUGCAAGUUGUAGGUUACCUGCCAGUCUGCCAAAAGCAGAUAAAGUUCUUGUAGUUGAAAGAGUAAUUGAGUCAUUGGGGCUACAGGCCGUACGGGAUUCCCUGGUGGGAACAGUAGAAAAGAGAGGAAUUUCUGGAGGUCAAAGAAAACGAGUAAAUGUUGGGCUGGAGAUGGUCAUGGAACCUUCCCUCUUAAUACUAGAUGAGCCUACAUCUGGUUUAGACAGUUCAUCAUCUCAGUUGCUGCUUAGAGCACUUCGGCGCGAGGCUCUUGAAGGUGUCAACAUCUGCAUGGUUGUUCACCAACCAAGAAUCUCCGUACCAGCAUCUUCAGAGAAGAGCAGUUCAGUUCUGAAAGCUUCAGAGUCUAAAAGUUUGCAGCCAACUGACAACUCUCAUAUUGCAAACUUGAUAAUUGAACAGAAGGAAAUAAAUGACACAAAUGAUAGAAAGAUAGAUGACCCAAAAGAACAUGCCAAAACAGGGAUUGCUUCAAGGGAAAAUCCAACCUUCUGA